UUUGGGUGCCGACUACAUGGAAGAUGUUGCUUGACAUCUUGUCAAAUGUCUGUGCCCUACCCAAGUUGUCUUUCCUGAUCAGAAACCAGAAGGAACAGAAACCUUUCAGUGCUUUCCAUUAGACUUGUUUGUGCUGAUAUUGUCUCGAAGGGAGAAAAUGAAUGAAUUUGAAAACAGCACCGUAGACUUCAAUGACUUCAAUGACUUCAACGACUUCAAUGACUCCGACAUAUAUGGUGAAAUUGUGGAGCCAUGUGCAGUGGACCGCAGACAGGACAUUGAGAACUUCCUCCAGUUAUUUGUUCACCCCAUCAUUUGUUUUGCGGGUUUCAUUGGCAACGCCCUCGUGAUCGUGACGUAUGCUCUCUACAAGCGAACCAAAUCCAUGACUGACGUGUAUCUGCUGAACGUGGCCAUCGCUGACAUCCUGUUUGUGGUGGCACUGCCUUUGAUUAUCUACAGCGAGCGGCACGACUGGUCCAUGGGGAACUUGUCUUGCAAGCUUCUGCGUGGCAUCUACAGCAUGAACCUCUACAGCGGCAUGCUGCUCCUGGCUUGCAUUAGCGGAGAUCGCUACCUUGCCAUUGUACAGGCCCGCCGGUCCUUCCGGCUGCGUUCAAGCACUCUGCUUUACAGCCACCUGGUCUGUGCAGCCGUCUGGUUGUCAGCCUUGCUCCUGUCCCUUCCCACCUUCAUUUUUUAUGAGCGUUACCAACCCGGCCCAUCUGAAUCCAGUAUGAUAAGCAGUGACGACAGGACGCAUGUGUGCUUUUUCAUGUUCAAGUCGAACGAAACGGCACGUGUGAUGAAAACUGUGGUGCCCAGCUCUCAGGUUGCGUUGGGUUUCUUCUUGCCACUGCUAAUCAUGGGAUUCUGUUACUCCAGCGUCAUUGUCACCCUCCUUAGGGCCAAGAACUUUCAGAGACACAAGGCAGUGCGUGUGGUCCUCACUGUGGUCCUUGUGUUUGUGAUCUGCCAUAUGCCUUAUAACAUAGCACUGUUGUAUUAUAUCAUCAACAUGUUUGAACUGCAGGAAUGCAGCCAUGAGGAGUCUGUCGCACUGACCAUGACCAUCACAAAAAGCUUGGCGUACCUGCAUGCUUGUCUCAAUCCCCUGCUGUACGCCUUCAUCGGAGUGAAUUUCAGAAACCACUUCCGGAAGAUCUUACGGGACAUCUGGUGCUUGGGGAAGAACUACAUGUCAGCGAGACGGUCCUCUCGGGCCACCACUGAAAUGUACAUUUCCACGCGACGCUCCAUGGAUGGCUCUUACAAUGAAAAUGGCACUUCGUUUACCAUGUGAUUGGGCGCUAAUUAAGGGCAAAGCGCCCAGGAUUGUGACUGACAGACUGAUUAGCAUUGAUCAAAAAUGAAAAUUCAGUCAUCAGUUAUUCACCUUCAUGUUGAUCCAAACCUGAAGCCAUGUGUUUGUUUGUUUUUUAACAUGAGUAAAUGAUGAAUGAAUUAUUUCUUUCUUUCUUUCUUUUUAAUUUGAUAAAUUAUGCCAAUUACAAAUCAAAGAGGGAAAAUGGUUAUUCCUUGUUACCAUGUGUUAAAAAGGCAAAGUGUAAAAAGUCUUCUGUAUAUGAAUGAAUUUUGCAAUUGAUAUGCACUAUAUGUAGUACUUUUGCAGAAUAUUUUUAUUUUUCUAUAUGUACUAUUUACCUUUUGUACAUAGAAUCCUUAACAUUGCCUAAUGUACCUGAGAUAUAAGCAUUGUAAGUUUUAUCUAAAAUAAAUUAGGCAAAAUAUUGCAACACAAUA